AUGGCGCUGUUUAGACGCUUCUUUUAUAGGAAGCCACCGGAUCGGCUUCUAGAGAUCUCCGAGAGGGUCUAUGUGUUUGAUUGCUGCUUCUCCACUGACGUGUUGGAUGAAGACGAGUAUAGAAUAUAUAUGAAUGGCAUUGUAGCUCAGCUACAGGAUCACUAUCCGGAUGCUGCUUUUAUGGUUUUUAACUUUAAAGAGGGGGAAAGGAGAAGUCAAAUAUCCGAUGUGUUGUCUCAGUACGAUAUGACAGUCAUGGAUUACCCGCGGCAAUAUGAGGGGUGUCCUUUGUUACCGCUGGAGAUGAUCCACCACUUCUUGCGUUCCAGUGAGAGCUGGUUAUCACUCGAGGGUCAACAGAACGUGCUCUUGAUGCACUGCGAAAGGGGAGGAUGGCCGGUCCUUGCCUUCAUGCUUGCAGGCCUUCUUUUGUACAGAAAACAGUACACUGGUGAGCUGAAGACUCUUGAAAUGGUAUUCAAGCAAGCUCCCAGGGAACUACUUCAUCUUUUAUCUCCUUUGAAUCCACAACCAUCGCAGCUCAGAUAUCUUCAGUACAUUUCUAGAAGAACUUUUGGUUCUGACUGGCCCCCACCAGAUACGCCUCUGGCUUUGGAUUGUAUAAUACUUAGAGUUCUUCCUCUGUUUGAUGGUGGCAAAGGAUGCCGACCAAUAAUUCGUGUCUAUGGUCAGGAUCCUUCUUCAAAAGCAUCCAGUAGAACAUCAAAACUUCUGUUUUCAACUUCCAAAAAGAGAAAACAUACCCGCCUCUACAGACAGGAAGAAUGCACACUAGUAAAAAUAGAUAUUCAACACUGCGUCCAAGGAGAUGUUGUCCUCGAGUGCAUCCAUUUGGAUGAAGAUUUGGUGAGGGAAGAAAUGAUGUUUAGAGUUAUGUUCCACACAGCUUUUAUCCGAUCAAAUGUUUUGAUGCUGACCCGUGAUGAUGUUGAUCUUUUGUGGGAUGCGAAAGACCAGUUCCCAAAGGAAUUCAGAGCAGAGGUACUCUUUUCUGAUGCAGAGUCUGUUCCAUCUGUUAUCACCAAGGAAGCAGUAGCAGUAAGUGAUGAUGAUAAUGAAACAGAUGCUUCACCAGAUGAGUUUUUUGAGGCAGAAGAGAUCUUCAGCAGUGUAGUUGAUGGGUCAUAUGGGAAGGGAGAAUUUGAUAAUCGAACAACUGAAGCUACCAUUCAGGAUGAUGAGAGCCUUGAAGUAGUUGGGACAGAGGUUUUGGAUCAUCAUGCAUUCCAAGACUGUACUUCAGAUGAAUCAAAUAACAGACACAACAGCAAGGUUGAUGCAAAUAAAAAUUUUCUGAUUGCAACAGAUGCUUUGGUCUAUAGGAAUGGUCAGUUAAAUUCUAGAGCAGAGCUUGCUGAUGUAGCCGGUGGUACAGAUACCACAGAUGUAGCUGGAUCACCAUGUGGAAAAUCUGAGGAAGGGGAGAAUAAACAAAGCCAAGAAGACGCUUCAAUGGAUAAAAUGACAGAAAAGCAAGGUUUACAGCAAAAGUUGGGUGGUGACAGCAAUACACGAAAGUCUGAUAAGGAACUCUCGACAUCCUCAAAGAAACAACCAGUUUGCACUUCCAAACCUGCGGCGGAUGCUGUUGGUACUAAACAAAAAUCAAAACCGCAAGAAUCUCAGGGCACUCUUCCAAGGAUGGCAAAGCCAAAUGCAGUAUCUAGGUGGAUUCCUUCUAACAAAGGUUCAUAUACAAAUUCUAUGCAUGUAUCAUAUCCACCGUCUAGAUAUAACAGUGCUCCAGCUGCAAUAGCUCUUUGCAAGGAUUCCCAGCCUGGGGGGAAAGCAAAGGCCUCACCUGCUAGUUCUUCUGAAGCUAAAAUUACGGCGGAUGAAACUUCUGCAGUGGGCGAGGAACCAUUAAAAUAUCAAUCUUGUUCAUCAUCACUAGACUCGACACCAACUGAAAAAGCUUCUUCUCCAAGUUUGACUUCUUCUCUGGUGGAAAGUAGAGUACAGGAACUUGAUGGCCCUCAACCAAGUCAACUAGUUCCACCAAAUCCCCCUCCCCCUCCCCCUCCCCCUCCAUUACUACCCUCAUCUAGCUCUUCAUCAUAUGAGUCUUCCUCAACAACCCAGCCAAUUGUACAGGUAGGAGAGCAGAAUUUGCUCAAUCCUCACCUGAGGCCGCCCCCACCACCCUCGUUGCCACCGCCGCCGCCGCCGCCGCCGCCACCGCCACCACCACAGUCAUCUACUAAUUAUGUAAUUUUUUCUUAUUCACGACCACCAGAUUCAGACCCUCCACGAUCUUAUGGCAGAGCAGUUGCUACUAAAUCACUACCACCACCUCCACCUCCUCCUUGUCCUAUGUCUGUAAGCUCAGGACUGACCGCAAAGGGAAGUUUUCGCCCACCUCCUCCUCCUCCACCACCUCCUCUACCCCCAUCUUCCAUUUCUUCCAGGUCUCAAAAUAUCAGUAGAGUUUUGUCGCCUCCAUCUCCCCCACCCCCUUGGUCGGUUGAGAGUUCUGGUCCUGAAGCUUCUGCAGCAUCAAAAUCUCCCCUUCCAUUCUCCACACAAAGAUCACUUGCUGUUGGAACACCCUCUCUGCCUCCACCUCUACCUCCGCCCCCGCCCCCGCUUCCCAAGCAUGGUAAUUCUUUUCCGUGUCCACCUCCUAUCAAUCAUGGUGCUUCUGUGCCUUCACAUUGCACUCCACCUCCUCCUCCUCCUCCACCGCCCACACCCCCAUCUCAUUCUCAUGCUCCUCCUCUGCCUAUUUUGCGCGCUGGAGCUCCACUGCCUCCACCCCCGCCUCCGAUGGAUGGAGUGCCACUUCCACCUUCCCCAUUGCCUGGAGCACCACCUCCACCUCCUCCUAUGCGUGGAGCGCCACCUCCACCUCCACCUCCACCUCCACCAACCCCCAUGCUUGGAGCACCACCUCCACCUCCUCAGAUGCGUGGAGCGACACCUCCCCCUCCUCAGAUGCGUGGAACCCCACCUCCACCUCCUCCAUUGCCUGGAGGUCCACCUCCCCAACGUGGAGCGCCACCACCACCUGCUCCCCCUAUCCGUGGGGCCCCAGCUCCACCAUCACCUCCUUCACUUGGUGGUCCACCUCCACCACCUCCGCCCAUGCAUGGAGCACCAGCUCCACCACCCCCUCCUGGAGGCCGUGUACUGGGUCCUGCACCACCGGGUCCUCCUAGACCUCCAGGUGUGGGACCUCCCCCACCUCCUCCAUUAGGGGCUAAAGGAUCUGUGGCAGAUGGGAGAGGCUCAAUUGCCGGUAGAGGGCGUGGGCUUUCUCGUCCUGGGAUGUCAAUUGCUUCAGCACCUCGAAGAUCUACCUUAAAGCCACUACACUGGAGCAAGGUAACGAGGGUACUACAAGGAAGCUUGUGGGAAGAAUUGCAGAGAAAUGGAGAACCUCAAGUUGCACCAGAAUUUGAUGUGUCAGAACUAGAGACUCUUUUCUCUGCCACAGUCCCCAAGUCAGAUAGUUCUGGAGGCAAAUCAGGAGGACGUCGAAAGUCUACUGGAUCUAAACCUGACAAAGUUCAUCUGAUUGACCUGAGAAGGGCUAAUAACACGGAAAUCAUGCUCACAAAGGUGAAAAUGCCACUUCCUGACAUGAUGGCUGCUGCACUUGCAAUGGAUGAAUCAAUUUUAGAUGCUGAUCAAGUAGAAAAUCUUAUAAAGUUCUGUCCUACUAAAGAAGAGAUGGAACUUCUCAAGGGCUACACAGGCGACAUGGACAAUCUAGGGAAGUGUGAGCAGUUCUUUUUGGAGCUGAUGAAGGUACCACGGGUGGAGUCGAAAUUAAGGGUUUUCUUAUUCAAGAUUCAAUUCAAUUCUCAGGCUUCAGAUUUUAAGAAAAGCUUGAACACUGUGAAUUCUGCUUGUGAAGAGGUUCGGAAAUCCCUCAAACUGAAAGAAAUCAUGAAGAAAAUUUUGCUUCUUGGGAACACAUUAAAUCAGGGAACUGCAAGGGGUUCUGCUGUAGGGUUUAAGUUGGACAGUCUUUUAAAACUCGCUGAUACACGUGCUUCAAACAGCAAGAUGACUCUCAUGCAUUAUCUUUGUCAGGUGCUUGCCUCAAAGUCAUCGGCUAUUUUGGACUUCCAUAAAGAUCUUGUUAGCCUGGAAGCUGCUUCAAAGAUACAAUUGAAAUCAUUAGCAGAAGAAAUGCAAGCCAUUAUCAAAGGAUUGGAGAAAGUAAAGCAGGAAUUGGCUGGUUCCGAGAAUGAUGGCCCUGUAUCUGAAACUUUUCGCAAGAAAUUAAAGGAGUUCGUUGGUGCUGCUGAGACUGAGGUUGCAUCAGUAAGAAACUUAUAUUCUGUUGCGGGAAGAAAUGCAGACGCAUUGGCACUAUAUUUUGGUGAGGAUCCUGCCCGCUGCCCAUUUGAGCAAGUUGUUGCUACCCUCUUGAACUUCGUAAGGAUGUUUUGCAAAGCUCAUGAAGAGAACUGUAAACAGGCUGAACUAGAAAAGAAGAAAGCUCAAAAGGAAGCCGAAAUGGAGAUUGCAAAGGGAAUUAAUUUAACAAAGAAGGGUGUGAAAUGA